AUGUUACGACCUUCACAAAGUACCUGCCAACCCAGUAUUGUCAUAGAACUCUUCCAAGUGCUGCAAACGGAGGCAGCACACCUUGACAGGAAGGAACUCGAACUCACAUCACAAAUCAAGGAUCUCUCGGAGGCUUUGGUCUCCGUCCGUAGUACGCUGUCUAUAAUACGUACUCGGGCAAGCGAAUGUGUGAAGCGCAUUUCUCCAGCCUCCCGCCUUCCCGAUGAAACUUUACUUGCAAUUUUCGAGGAAGCGGUUUUGAGCCAGGACGUGCAGUCACGGACAAAGGUUGAGAGCGCGAUAUCGCGCGUAUCGCUUCGCUGGCGAAGGAUAGCUCUGCAUACCCCUCGGCUGUGGACGCGGCUACAUCUUCUGCGUUCCGCUGCGCUUCCUCUUGAUGUGGAAGUCUGGGGAUGGUGGGAUUAUCGAGAUUCUUUCACAAGGCCUCAUCACUUCGAACACACCCUAGCCGCAGUCCUCCCGUCCGCGUCUCGCUGGCGUCGUAUAACAGUUGGCGCGUCCUGCGACGCCCUUCUUGCGAGUCUUUCCUUUAUUCUGCGUACCGUCGGGUCUUUCGACGCACUUCAGCAAGUUACCUUCACAGCCCAGCAGCCUGGGCAGAUGUGUCCUGCGACUCUCCUUAUGGGCAGAUCAGCACCCAACCUUCGGUCCAUUGAUGUCGAAAACAUAGUUCUCACAGCACGCUCCCCCUGUUUACGCCAUCACGAUUAUUGCUUCAUUGGCUUAACGCAUCUUACUCUUCGGCUCCGUGAAGGAGAUGCGAGAGCUCUAAAGACGAUGACGGAACUUCAAGGCUUCCGUGCAUUGCUUUUGCGAAUGCCGAGCUUAGUCUCCCUUUCGCUUUACGGAGAACUUGUUUGUGUCAAAUCAACCACAAAUCUGGAGGACGAUGACAACAUCACGUUGCCUCGUUUACAGACUUUAAUUUUCCAUCCUAAUAACGUCCGGCCCCGCUACCUGCGGAACCUCAUCGCAAUGAUCAUGGCACCAGAUCUGCGGCACUUUGAGCUUGUCUACCCAGACAGCUUUAUUGAAGGCCAGGACAUCUCCGAUCUACUUCUCAAAAAGGGAUGUGAAGAACCCACACCUAAAUUCCCUCUCGUCGAACGUCUCGUGCUAAACAAUGCUGCCAGCAUCACUGCAUCUGCUGCGUUCAUCCAGGCCUUUCCCGGAGUAGAACAAUUGACCAUUUCGGGAGCCGACGUCGGGAUCUUCAAUCAGCCAAGCUGGGGAGUGACAGGAGGAAGCUGGAGAAAGAUGAGAAGACUGACGUUACGACCUUUCCAACGGGAUCGUCUGACCCUUGUGGUCGAUUGGCUAGAUGCCAUAACUAGCAAUGAUGAUGGCGAAGUUCAAGCGCCGUUGGUUGAAGGGCCAAUAUCUGAUUGUCCCACUAUUUUGCACCUCUAUGAGGCGCUCAAGCGGUACACUCAAGUUGAACUCCUCGACGUGGACUCAAACUAGCUCUCUGAAUAGCUUUCCAUGAGUGCAUAACCUAUUUACAAUGCAUUGCUUGUCAAGUGCAUGUGAUGUACAAAGUAUCGUAUUUCGUUAUCUAAUACUCGAUUUUGUGGUCAGGAGAUAUGUGACGACCCGAAGCAAACCUUGAAAUCAUGGCGUGAUAUGAAUCAAGCGCUAUACGGUGCCGAAUAUCAUGCCUUCUUUUCAGCGCUUUCCGGG